GAUAUUAGAAAGAAAUUCUUUACAGAGAGAGAGGUCAGGCAUUGGAAUGGCCUGCCCAGGGAGGUAGUGGACUUGCCGUCCCUGGAGGUUUUUAAACUGAGAUUGGACAUGGCACUUAGUGCCAUGAUCUAGUAAACGGGCUAGAGUUGGACCAAGGGUUGGACUUGAUGAUCUCUGAGGUCUUUUCCAACCCAGUCGAUUCUGUGAUUCUGUGAUCUCCUUCUCCAUUCUAGACGCCCCAUACCCUUCCUGCCUUGCCACUGUCUCCAUCCCAGGCUUUGGCAGAUCCAAGCAACAGCAGGAUCCCCCGUGUGAAGCCUGUCCCUUGCUCCAGCCCCUUGGUGACUGAGCUACCUUGGGAUACUGAGCAGGUUCUCUGAGGUCAGGUGGGCUUCACAGGAGGCUUCUGCUGAGGCACUGCAGCAGCACCAAACCUGUUCCCGGGGGUGCAGCACCCCAUGUUGCCAGUGGCAAUGUCUGUCACCCAGCUGACAGGGGGCCCUGCCUGGGAUGAGGACAGGGCAUAUCCCAGAGUCAGGGUUACUGUGACAGCUUCCUGCUGGUGGCACCGUCGGAUACCCUCAGGGAAUGAGUAUGUACAAACAGGUGUCCAUGUCUGGAUGCUGGGGAAUCCACUUGUUCAGCAUUUUUCUGGGUUGGCCCUUUAAGAAUGUGUUCUCCCCUCCUCUGGAGCAGGGAGUAGGUGGGACCCAGGGGGUGUUCUGCGCCAAUCGUGAGGUUCCUUGCUCUGUCUCGCCCUGACUGGUAACACGAUGGACCCGACCAAUGGGUGGGGGGGGCUGCAGGGGGGAGGAUGGCAUCUUGAUUGCAGCAACUGCACCGAUUCUGUUCUCACCCAGAAGGACUGUGUGCCUGUCGCUGUCCACCCUGCCAGCCAUGGGUGCCCCCAGCCUUUCCCGCCUAUUCCCUCAGGUUCCCUUGGUGUCUGAGUGGUGGGGACAGGCAGGGUCCCCAAUAGGAGCUGGCUCCCUGCCUGCCACACCACAUUAGCCCCACAGUGUCUGUGUGUACCCAAGGGAAGUCAAGGUGGCCUUGAGUGUGCUAAGGACAGGACUCCAGGACAUGAUUGUGUGAAGCUUGUGCAGGGAUGUGAACUGAGCUAACACCUUAGAGCUUGCCUGCACCCUCUGGGGCAGGGAGAGGGGUAAAUUAUGGUUUGGUUCUCCCUGGGGAGACUGAGACCCCUGCUCUUGUCCUCCAGGAGAUCACUCCACUGCCAAGCUGUGUCUGCUAUAGAAAUUCAGUAUGUGUGUCUGCCAGGUGGAAGGCUUGGACCUCCUUCUUAGUCUGAUGUCCUGACCUGAUGUUGCAUUCUGGUGGUGGUGUAGUGGGCUUGUUGUUUGGCUCCGUGCAUCUGCAGUGACUUGUGUACCAUGAAGGUUGUCCUGGGGUCGAAAAGGGGUGUGCGUGGACAGCAAUUGCAUUCCAGCUUUGAAUGGCUCACCCAUCUCUGCCUUCCCACCUUCUGGUUUAACAGCCAUGGGGGGCUGGCAGGGGUGGGCAUCCCUGUCUUAGUGUGAGCUCUCUUGGCUGAUGGCAGCACUGGUGGUAGUGAUGCCUCACUUAGCGAGGCACUUAUGGAGUGCAGGCAGUGGCCAAAGCAUUAGCUGGGGAGGAGAAAGGGGUGGGAGAAGAGCCCCUGGCACCUCAGGGCUCUAACAAGCACCUUUUCAUCAGGCAUGAAAAGUCUUUUGGCCUGCAUUCAUGACAGCUGCCCUUUGUCUAUGGGCACGAUGUGAAGCCACCAUUGUGGAAGGGGGAGCGCACAGGGAGGGUUUGUACCUAACUUCCAGGCUGCCAGGACGUGCAGUUUCCCUGUGAACGGGAAGCGAGCUGUCAGAGCAAGUGAUUCAGGCUGGCAGAGGGGAGGCCGGGGGUGGCAGCCCCGCUGAUGCCGGCUCAGGCCCCGCUUCCCCCACUGCCUGGGAGCCACUGCUGGCCGAGAGGGUCUGGAGCUCUCGGCCAAUUGCAUGCUGAUCUGAAGCACGGGGGGGGUGAAAUCUGCUUCUCCCCUCCACUUCCACCUCCGCGCUGGGGCUGUGAUUCAGUUCCCCUCCCCCAGCCCACCCCCUCUGCUCAGAGGCUGACAGCCGGAGCUGCAGCCUGCCGGAGCCCCAGAGCUGUUUUCCAAGCCGUGCAAGAGAGACCCAGGGAUUUUUUCGCGGCUUCCCAGCUCCUGCCGUGUCCCAGGCCAGACGCGCGUGGACAUGGAGAGCGUCAGCCUCCAGCGACCUGCCUGGAAAUGGCAAGUACUGAGUUUGUUUUCGCUCUGUGGCUGGGGCUGGGUCACCGGGCAGAUCCACUACUCAGUGGUUGAGGAGUCGGAGGUGGGAACUGUGGUGGGAAACGUGGCCCGGGACCUGGGCUUGAAGGUGGAGGAGCUGCUGGGUCGCAGGCUGCGCCUGGGCUUGGAGGAGAGCCUGCGCUACUUUGCUGUGCACCUGGACAGCGGCACACUGGUGGUGAGCCAGCAGCUGGACCGGGAGCGUCUGUGCGGAGCGGCUGCCAGCUGCGUGCUGUCGGUGCAGGUGGUGACAGAGAACCCCCUGCAGCUCUUCCGCCUGGAAGUUGAGAUCCUGGACCUGAACGACAACCCCCCGAGCUUCCCCACUGCUCACCGCACCCUGCGCAUCGCUGAGUCUGCCACAGUGGCUGCGCGCUUCCCCUUGGAGAGUGCCCAGGACCCUGAUGUGGGCACCAAUGCUGUGGGCUCCUACCGGUUAAGCCCCAACUCCCAUUUCUCCCUGGAUGUCAAGCAGCAGCAGGAUGGCAAACUCUUCCCGGAGCUGGUGCUAGAGCGUGCCCUGGACCGGGAAGAGCAGCCAGAAAUGCAGCUGGUGCUGACAGCCAUGGAUGGGGGAAGCCCAGCCCGCUCGGGCACAGCACAGAUAACAGUCCUGGUCCUGGAUGUCAAUGACAAUGCGCCCACCUUUGGCCGUGCCACAUACAAGGUGCAGAUCCCAGAAAACACACCUGUGGGGGCCCUGCUUCUCCAGCUUAACGCGUCUGACCCUGAUGAGGGCCCAAAUGGGGAGACGCAGUACUCCUUCGGGGUUCACACUUCUGACUCGGUCCGAAAGCUCUUUACCCUGGAUCCCCACAAUGGUGAGGUCCGGGUGAGUGGGGCCCUGGACUUUGAGGAGUCUCCUUUCUAUGAGAUCUAUGUGCGAGCCCACGAUGGUGGGGUCCCAGAGAUGGAGGGCCACUGCGUGCUACAAGUGGAAGUACAGGAUGCCAAUGACAACCCCCCGGAGGUGCUUCUCACCUCCCUGCUGAACCCAGUGCCAGAAGACACCCCACCAGAGACUGUCGUGGGGCUCUUGAAUGUACGGGACCGAGACUCAGGGGUCAACGGGGAUGUGAGCUUGAAAAUCUCCCCUGAUGUGCCUUUCACUGUCAGGUCCCUUCAGAAUCACUUCUCCCUGGUCACCCAGAAGAGCCUGGACCGAGAGACCACCUCGCAGUAUGUAGUGGAGCUGAUUGCCCAGGAUGGUGGGUCUCCCACCCUCACCACGACACUCACACUGCUCCUCAAUGUAUCUGAUGUGAAUGACAACCCCCCGUGCUUCUUGCAGCCCUCCUAUGAUGCCUUCCUCCCAGAGAACAGCCCACCUGGGACCCUGCUGUGCACAGUCUCUGCCUUAGACCCAGAUGAUGGGGAUAAUUCCCGACUUGUUUACUCCAUAGAAAGUGGCCAAGUGCAGGGUGCCCCCACCUCUUCCUUUGUCCACAUCAACCCUGAAAAUGGCAACCUUUAUGCUCAGCGCACCUUUGACUUUGAGCUGCUGCAGGUUCUACCAGUCUCUGUAGCUGUGCGGGACUCGGGGUCUCCCCCACUCCAUGCCAAUGUUACUGUCUACAUCUUCGUGCUGGACCAGAAUGACCACCCCCCCACUAUCCUGCACCCUGCUAGUGACAGUGACAUCCUGGCACCCCAGAGGGUCCCACUGUCUGCCCCACCGGGCUACCUGGUUACCAAGGUGACAGCAGUGGAUGAGGAUGCUGGGUACAACGCCUGGCUCUCAUACCGACUGCUGCCGCAGUCCACUGACCCCUCCUUGUUCCACAUGUCACUGUACACUGGGGAGGUGCGGACGGCCCGUACCCUCCAGGACACUGACGUGGGAACGCAGCAGCUCAUUGUCCAGGUGACGGACAAUGGCGACCCACCGCUCUCCACCACUGUCACCAUCACUGUGGCCCUGGAAGAGGCAGCCCUGGAGGAGAGCUACAAGCCUCGGGAUUUCUUGGCUGGUGCCAAGGAGAAGCCAGACCUGACCCUCUACCUGAUCAUCGCGCUGGCAGCUGUCAGCACCGUGGCACUUGCCACUGUCACCCUCCUGGCCGCCCGGUGCCUCCGGCGCAGAGGCCGUGCUGCCACCUCACCCUGCUGCUGUUGCUGGCUCAGUGAGUCACCCUCCCGGGACUUCUUCAAGCACUCCAGCCCCAAGCUCCAGCUCAGCUCCGACGGCACCCUUAAGUACAUGGAGGUCACCUUGCGACCCGCCGACUCCCAGUCCCAGUGCUACAGCACUUGUUUCUCCCCCGGUUCCGACCCGAGCGACUUCACCUUCCUCCGGCCCUGCCCGCGCCCCGCCACCCUCCCGAGGGAAACUGGGGCUUUCCUCCCUGCUACCGGUACGCUGCGGGACCCCGGCCAGCAAGCUCAGCCUAACACAGACUGGCGCUUCUCUCAGACCCAGAGACCUGGAACGAGUGGCUCCCAGAAUGGAGAGGAAGGUGGAGCCUGGCCGAACAACCAGUUUGACACGGAGAUGCUCCAAGCCAUGAUCCUGGCCUCAGCAAACGAAGCUGCUGAUGCCAACUCGACCCUGGGCGGUGGGACAGGCACCAUGGGGCUGAGCGCCCGCUACGGCCCCCAGUUCACCCUGCAGCACGUCCCUGAUUACCGGCAGAAUGUCUACAUCCCCGGCAGCACCGCCACCCUCACCAACGCCGCUGGCAAGCGCGACGCCAAGAGCGCCGCCUCCUCGGGAGGCAACAAGAAGAAAUCUGGGAAGAAGGAGAAAAAGUAGAGAAGAAGAAGGAGACCUCAGAGCAACAGGGCAGCCAGCUCCAGCACUCCCACAAACCACAGCCCAGGCCAGAGGACGAAUGUGAAUUUUUGUGAUGCAAAAAGUAGGAAAUGCUGCGAAUGUAUCUCAUCAUCAUCAGAGCUAAGCAGCAGGGGCUCGCUGCUGUUAGAUCUCAUGAUGAAAACCAAUCUGGAAGCUAAACCGAAUGCAAACAAGUGCCCUGUGAAUACUCGCUAAUGUUUUAUACGAUCCCUUGGGUAUUCGAAUAUGUAAAGGCGGAAGGUUUUCUGCCAUGUCUUUGGAUCCAGUUUGCUCCCAGAUAGCCCGAGAAAGGCACAAGGCUUGUGCUCGGCUUUGCCCAGUGUAAAUAACUUUAACGUGGAUCUUUUAAUUUAUAGACCUUCAAUCAUUUUUUGGAACGGAAAGGGAGUUCCUAGCUUAGAGCCCAUGCUCCAGAUCUUUGCUUUUAAACUUUCCAUUGUAAAAUUCACCCCCAGUUAAUGAUAGUGAUGGAUUUGUUGCUGAGAAGUUGGUAGGGAGUGCUUCAGUUCCUGCUUACCUGUUACCCGGGAAAAAAUAAGUAAGUGUUUCUAUUGCAUGAGUCAAAGGGAAUAUGGCAAAGCUGCAUCCUAAACAUUUAUUAUUUUUUCUUAAAAAGUGCAACCAACGAUGGCCUGAAACAUGAGAUGAAAAAACCCUUCCUUGAUGUCUGAGAGGCAGGGAAUUCCAUGAGGAGCGUGCCGAGGUGUGCGGCAGCUGCCCCGGUGGUUCUAGGGGUCUCCGAAGAGCAGACACAUCUCAUCCCUUCUUUGCAGUAAAUAUUUAUAUGUACAGUCAAUGUUCUUCUGGAAUUAAAGCUAAGAGAGUCUCACUCCCCUGAGGCCAGGUGGCCACCUGGCCAAGUCCCCACCAAGGGGACCAGGGGACGAUGCUUCACGUUCCCGCACACCGUGUCUGCAUGCACAUCCUUCACCUCCCGCCUGCACCCACGCAGGCAGCUCCACGGUCCCCAAACGUCCCCGCAUGCCCGCACAGCGCGGUGCGAACACACCGGCAGCCGCCCGAGCUGGGGCUGCCUUGGGAGGGAGGGUGGGAUCGGUCAAGUGGGUUGGGGAGACUCAUGGCUUCUUAUUUGGGGUGUGGACCUCAGAUAAGGGGGUUGUUUGGGGUCUCAGCUGAAGGGGUGGGAUCUGUGGAGCUGCCAGCGUGUGGCUUCAGUGCAGAGUUGGUGACCGAGUAAGUGACAGUUAGUUUGGUGGCACUUGGGGACCAGACGUGGUGGAGGGACCCGAGAGCUGGGGAUGAUUGUAGGGUGAUGCUGCAAAGCCAGCAAAGGGGGUGGCAAAGGUGGGGUUGCAUAGGACCACAUCGCACAAGACCAGGGGAGGUGACGCUCCCACCAGCUUUGGGUUUUCCGCCCCAAGGAGGGAAUCGAAGGAUGAGGAAUAGAGUUUCUCCAUGUGCCCAUCACCCUUGCACCGGGCCAGCUGCCCAUAUCAAAGCAGCUCUGACCCCCCUAGGGAACCCAAGGGGAAAUCUGUGCAGCUGGAGGGAGCAGAGGGGCUGCGGGGUGGCCACGAAGGGGCUGCACUGGGUGUCCCAAGGGGUGCGUGGUGUUUUUUUUUCCCCUUUUUUAGUCACUAACACAUGACUCACCCGAGCACAUCCAACCCUCUUUUCCAGCGGUCACCCCCCUGCCACCCCCUCCCCAAACCCAAGGCAGCAGGAGAAUCCGCUGCGUUCCAUCCAGCUCUGGUUCCCACCCCCUCCCCUGCCCUCCCUAGAGAUGCUGUAGCUGAAUCGUAGUCUUUAUAUUUCUUUUUAAUCUGCAUUUUGCGGUAGCGUAGUGAGUGUCGUGUAUUUAGUGGCGUGUUAUUUUUAAUCUUGGUAACUAACUUGUGGACACCAGUAUUUUCAAUUUUCUCUGUAUCUUCUUUCCAUGUGGUCUGUGCUCCGAGUGUACGUGAAAUGAAACACGUUUGCCCUUUCAAUGUGUCUAAUAUUGAAUUAUACUUAUAUAUUAUAUAUAUGCUUAUAUCCUUCUUAUACCCAUAUAGACCAACGUCGAUGUGUUACACGCAAGUUUUAUACUCUAAUAUUUAUAUUGCUUUUUUUCUUUGGGAAAAAAAAAAUAAUAAAAUGGUUUCUUCUGAAUAAA